CCCACAUUCGGCGCAAGUUUUGGUUUUCCUCUUAGUGGAUAUAACUACCUUAAAGUAGCCGGUGAUAGAUGACAGUAUGUGGCGCAAUCAUCCCAGACAAAUCGCCCAUUUGGACCUUUACUCAGCUAAGAACUAUCACUAAGGAGCAUGAGCUCCGAUCCCUCGAAAACGGGUGGUCUAGCCGUUGAGAGCUUCCCAACCACGCAGCCAGCCAUUGGAUCAAGGCCGGACUCGCCGGUCAAUUGCUCUGUGGGGACAUCUACGCUGGCUAGACGCUCGUCGGUGUUGUUGUUAAUUGGGGGAAAUUGUAAUGUCCGCUUCUGGCAUGACUCGCUGGCUUGUACUUUUUCAGCGUGCGCUGGCCCGGCAAUGUCCGUCUUUGCAGACAAAGAAACCAGCCUAGGGGCCUCAUUGGGCAAUGAGACUCCUGUUUUGUUUGCCUCCGAUAUGCCCCGAGUUGUCCAUGCUUAUCGUAGUCUUUCUUCCCAUCCAGUCCUUGUCUGGAUCCAGUAUGGGGUUAAAGAAGGGGUGGAAUUAUCAACAAGCCGCAAUUCUGUAUUACAGAGCUGUUUCGUUCUUUUAACUCCAAUCGUCAGUCUCGCAUGUUUUUCAAUGACCGUACCCUACGACCCUCUGCCUACACCCGUCAUGGCCGUCACAACCAGGAUCAUGGCUGAGAGCCUGUCUGAAGAACGCAUACCGCAAGCCAUUUCCAAAAAGCAUGACGAGUCCAUUGUGAAUCCUCUCAAUCCUCUUCCUCAGCGGCAACAUCGUGGAUGGCGUUUCUGGGCCGUUUUCCCAGGCCUCUGCUUUGCCAUCCUUCUUGCUGCCCUGGACACCUCCGUUCUUGCCACUGCUCUCCCGACCAUCGUGGACCAGCUGCACUCGGGCUCGCUUUAUAUAUGGACAAUCAACGCGUAUUUUCUGGCUGUGGCUGCGGUCCAGCCUAUCGCCGGCCAAGCGUCCGACAUUUUCGGUCGGCGAUACCCUAUGAUCAUCUCCGUCGUCCUCUUUGCCCUGGGAAGCGGGCUCUGUGGCGGAGCGAGCACCACUGAAAUGCUCAUUGCCGCGAGAAUCGUGCAGGGACUUGGAGGCGGGGGAAUCUUUGUGAUGGUCGAUAUCAUCGCGGCUGAUUUGGUAGCCCUUCGGGAGAGACAGAAGUUAAUGAGUAUCAUCAUGGGCACCUUUGCCCUGGGGACGUUUAUCGGACCUGUCCUGGGAGGCGCCAUCGUCACCAAAACGACCUGGCGGUGGGUCUUCUACAUCAACCUCCCUGUAGCGGGAAUUGCCCUGGUCUUAGUGGCUCUGUUUCUGAGGGUCAAAUGGAACCGAGAGGGCACUCUCAAGGACCGACUUGCUCGCGUGGAUUUCUCCGGGAAUAUGAUCCUCUCUGCGGCGAUUGUAGCCAUCCUGAUUGCCCUUACCCGGGGAGGAACCACGUAUACUUGGAGCUCGUGGCACAUCCUCGUCCCGCUCCUAGUCGGCGCUCUCGGCCUGGUUCUAUUCGGCCUGCAUCAGGAAUAUAUCGCGCGCGAGCCGACGAUGCCGCGUCGCGUGUACAGCAACACCACUUCUCUGGUGGCCUACAUUCUCACUUUCCUGCACGGGAUCAUCAUGUCCUGGCUCUCGUUCUUCCUACCGGUUUACUUCCAGGUGAUGCUGCGGGCCAGCCCCAUGAGGUCCGGGGUGGAUAUUCUCGCCAUCGUGAUCCCUCUCAUGCCAGCUGGCAUCGCGGGUGGCCUCAUGGUGGCCAUCACCGGCCGUCUGAUUGCCGUCGGGGUUGGUCUCCUGACCCUCCUGACUGACAAGUCGAGUACGGCGACAUGGGUCAUCUUCCAAAUCAUCACAGGAAUCGGCGGCGGGCUGUCGCUCACCUCCACGCUGCCUGCUGUACAGGCUCCGCUGCCAGAGAAGGACGUCGCCAUCGCCACCACCAGCUGGGCAUUCGUGCGAAGUUUUGGCGCCAUCUGGGGCGCCGCCAUCCCCGCCGCCGUGUUCAACUCCAAGUUCGACAGACAGCUGUCUCACAUCAGCGACCAGGCCACCCGCGCACUCCUGGCUCGUGGUGGGGCAUAUGAACAUGCCACCAAGGUCUUCAUUGAGACCUUUGACAAUAAUCCAACCGUCUUGCUGGCGUUCGCCCUCGCGGCGUUUCCCCUUGCAGUGUGGAUCCCGCAAGUGGAGUUGCGGAAGGAAUUGGUGACGGAGUUUGGACUGGACGAGAAAUAUGACGAAAAGAAGAGACGUGAAGCCAUUGAGCAAGAGACAGGAGUAGAGCUGUCGAAUCGAAGCCUCACAGGGGCGACUAGUCGUAAUUCAAUCAAGGGCAAGGCACUAGGCGAUAUGAUACAUAUUCCAUGA